AGAAGGAUGUGGAAACGGCAAGUAGUGAGUCCAUCCUGGCUAGAGCUCAAGGACAAGACAAACGACAAAUAGAUCAUCGCUGUGUCGCAUAUUACAACUUCAACAACAAUCGAAUCGAUUUCAGAGCUCAAAACAAACAAACACACUCACCUCAACAAUCAAUCUAUCAAUCAAACAACGAUGUUCAUAUCCUAGUUCUCUGCUCCUACUACUACUACUACUACUACUACUACUGCUACUUCUGCUUUCCCAUUUUACCCUUACCGGCGGCCACACUUUCCUGUCGCCGCAGGCCGCCGUCAUUCCGCCAUUCUAUGCUCACCAUUUUGGGGAUCCUGUGUUCUGGCCUGAUUCUGGGUCCAGGUUAAUAGAGAUGGUGGUGGUUGCUGGGUUAUUAGGGUUACAGGGUGUGGUCUAUGUGUUGUUGGCGUUGGGGUUUGUGGUUCUUCGUCAGGUUUGGAGGAAUGCCGAGGCUAAGAAGGACGAGAUCAUGAAGCUGGUGGAGGAUGCUGCUAUGGCUGAAAUGCAGGCUGCUGUUUAUGCUGCCAAGUGCUCUUCGGUUCGUGACUCAGUUUCUUCUUCUGCUCAAUUUUAUCAGUGUGCGGUGUGUUAUUCACCUACCACCAUGCGCUGCUCUCGCUGCAAGGCUGUUAGAUAUUGUUCGGGUAAGUGUCAAAUUAGUCACUGGAGACUGGGUCACAAGGAUGAAUGUUGUCCUGCAAAUACCACCAUGGACCACCAAGAGGAAAAUAUUUCUUUUUCGGCAUCAGUAUCGGAAACUCAGUCUGGUUUUCAUGAAAUGGAAGGAUCAAAUGCCGGUAUUGCAUCUUCCAAUGACUCAUAUUCCAGCCUUAAUCCCGCUGUUGCUGCAAGAAAUUCAUUGGAUGGUGACAAUCACAGCAGAUUUGUGAAACAUGCCUUUGAAAAUAAUGUUGAGGAUACACAUGUUGCUUCCGAUCAUAGCAAUGAGACAAUGUUGAAGCCCACAUUUCCCUUGGAAUCGAAGAAUUCUGUGAAAUUUGAAGUUAAGGGUACUAGUGCAAGUAAAAAAAGCUCAACUUCUAGCUACAUCACCAACGAGACUGGGUUUAAAUCAAAUUUUCCUGAAACUAAAUCUGACACAUCUCAUGAUGUGGCAGAAAAUUUGGGAGGCCAUGAACACAGAAGAAAAGUUGCAAUCGUUGAAAAAUCAAUAACAAAUACCUCUAAAUGCAGAGCUGGGCCUUCCAGGAGGAGUUCAAGUGUAGAUACUGUAGCGGAUGAUUUAGAAGAAGUAUCACAUUUGUCCCAGUACAAAGAUUCCCGGAGAUCAUCAUCUAGUUCUCGUGAUCGCCUUUCCUCAACUACUAAGGGGGAUUUGAUUUCACAUUCAAAGUCUUUUAAAACUGACAAUUAUCAUACCCUGCCUGCGAAAGUUAGUGCCGUUCCAAAUCUGCCACAAAAUGUUCGUAGUGGUUUGAAAACAUCAAUGCAGAAAGUUGUUCAGCAGUUUAGAAGCUCAAAAGAGUCAAGAUCCAAUCCAGUAUCUGUUGAAAAUAAGAUGGGCUUUCCUUAUGAACUCUUUAUGGAACUUUAUUGUUAUGACAAGGUGAAGCUAUACCCAUUUGGCCUCACAAACUUGGGGAACAGCUGUUACGCUAAUGCGGUACUCCAGUGCUUGGCAUAUACUCGACCUCUAACUUCGUAUUUAUUUCAAGGAUUCCAUUCUAGACGAUGUCAGAAGAAGGGAUGGUGUUUUAUCUGUGAGUUUGAAUAUUUAAUUCUGAAGGCAAAAGAAGGGAAUUGUGCACUUUCUCCAAUUGGGAUAUUAUCUAAGAUACACAAGAUUGGUAGCAAUCUUGGACACGGGCGGGAGGAAGAUGCACAUGAAUUUUUGAGGUGUGCAGUUGAUACAAUGCAAUCUAUUUGCCUCAAGGAAGCUGGUGUUUCAAGUCCUUUGACAGAAGAAACAACUCUAAUUGGGUAUACUUUUGGAGGCUAUCUACGAUCUAAGAUAAAGUGCUUAAAGUGCUUAGGGAAAUCUGAGAGGUAUGAGAGAAUGAUGGAUCUGACUGUUGAGAUUGAUGGGGAAAUUGGAACUUUGGAGGAGGCUCUUGGACAAUUUACAGCACCUGAAAUUUUGGAUAAAGAUAAUAAGUAUAAUUGUAGCAGAUGUAAAUCCUAUGAGAAAGCCAAGAAGAAGUUGACAAUCUUGGAGGCGCCAAAUAUUCUUACAAUUGUAUUAAAACGAUUUCAGUCUGGUAACUUUGAGAAGUUGAAUAAGUCGGUUCAGUUCCCUGAGGUCCUGAAUAUGGCUCCGUAUAUGAGUGGAACAAAAGACAAAUAUCCAUUCUACAACCUUUAUGCAGUGGUUGUCCAUUUGGAUAUCAUGAAUGCUGCAUUUUCUGGCCAUUAUGUCUGUUAUGUGAAGAAUAUUCAAGGAGAAUGGUUCAGGACUGAUGACAGCAGGGUAGAGCCUGUCGAAUUUUCAAGAGUCUUAUCAGAAAGGGCAUACAUGCUUCUUUAUGCAAGGCACUCUCCGAAGCCGCUAGGUUCAGUAAGUAGCAAUGCAAUCUCUUCAACUGGAAAGUUGAAGAGGAGAAACUUAGAAGCCAUUCCUGCUUCUUCUAAGACAAGAUCAAAUUCCAUGGCUACAAGUGCGGAUUCUCCCUCCCAACAGCAGAAGCAGCAUAGCAAGCACUCUGGUGAUGAUACCUUUAGCAAUGAAAUUGCAUAUCCAGAAGAAUUGAGAUUCUCCAAUGGUGGAAGAAAUACUAUGGUAGAUUCUUCUAGCGAAAGUUCGCUUUUCAGCUCUUCAGAUGCAAGUUCUUGCAGUACUGCAAGUAUCAAGGACUCAGCCAGUACUGCUGACUUCUCAGAUUACAUAUUCGGCGAGGUGGGACCUAAUUGGUACAUCAACUAUGGACUUUCAUCUAACUCGGUAGCAUCUUCUUCCUAUGAUAACAUUAGUACAGAUUUCUUAGUGGAUAGUGAUGCUAGUAGGAGGCAAAGGCAGGAUCUAAGAGUUAGAAGAUAAAUCAGUUUUGUAAGCUAGCAAAAACAAAAAAUUAUAGUGGCAGUAGGGGAAUUGACCUUAAAUGUCACUUCUAACCAUCAUGACAAUAAUUCCGGUGUACAUGUGAGAAGGAAAAGUACAGAUGCAUCAGCUCAAACGUUUUAUUGAGUUUGGGUUGAGAUAGAAGCAAUCAUGUGGGAUAUUUUUAGUACAGUGAAAUCAAUAUUUCGCGAAUGAGUUAGAAUGA